AUGAGGUUGAAGACCGUAUCCAGUGUGACCUUCGCGCUGACCUGCCUCUUUGGCGCAUCGAGCGCUCUGCCCGCGGACCCGACUCUUGACGUUCGAGCUGCGCCCCAAGCUGGCCUUCCACAGGAUGUUCCAGACACGAAGACGGCAUUCGACGAGGUAUCCGAUCCCAUCCCCUUCGACAAGCAGAAGCUGUUUUCCACCGAGCCGCCUCGACCGAUCGGUCAAGCUCUAAGACAACGUCUGACGUUCGGUGCCAAUUUGGCCGCUACUGUCUACUGUGCCCGCGUCCAAAACCAGCGAGAAUUCAACUGCGGAGCGCCUUGCGAGCAGAGCGACCCAGAUGGGCAGGUCUUGUUCGUACAGGGCGAUGGUUACAGCGAUCCGCACCAGAGCGUGAAUUGGCUACCUAAUGAGAAGGCCGUCUCAGUAGUCGUGCAGGGUGCCAACCUGGAGGUGAGUCGAGUAGAGGGGUAUGAUGUGGCAGCGAUGGUUGACGGGGGUCUGUUCCCUCUGCCUCUUUAGGAUCUCCGUGGACUGUUCAAUGUGCUGGCAUUCGUCCCGCUGCCUCCGGCAAACCCCAUCAGAAACACGCUGUACACGUUCGGAAGCAACGCAACAGAUCCGAUCGCCUCCAUCAUCUCGAUCUUGCAAAAUGACAUUUCGACGGUGCACGGCGGAUUCCUGGCCACCUGGGCGCGGUCCUAUGACAAGACCUUAGCAGCGACCAAGACUGCGCUGGGAGCACACCCCGAGGCAACCAAGAUCAUCGUCGCCGGCCACUCGUUGGGAAGCGCAAUCGGGCUGCUGACCCUGCUCGCCUUUUUAAGCGACAUCGGUACCGAUCUGCCCUACGAGUAUCUCGGCUACGGCUCUCCGCGUGUCUUCAGUCCUCUGGGAGCCGACUUGGUCAACAAUGUGGUGUCCAACCCAUCGGCUAGAACCACUUAUCACCACGUUCACCAUAAUAAUGACCCUGUGCCCCACUUGGGACCGAUUGCGCUGAACUUCCUUCACGCUCAAAACGAAGUCUUCCUCCCAGACACGGACAGCCCCACCGCUCUGUUCUGCCCAGGCGUCGAGAAUAUCAAUUGCAGCCUUGGCCGUACCAACUUCACCGUCAAUGACCACGCCGGUCCAUACUUUGGUCGAAUGUGAGUGGUUUGCUCGUCGCACAUUAGUCACCUGACUAACAGCUGCUCGCCUUCUCCCGCACUCAGUAUCGGCAGAGACGGCGUGGACUGCGCUGGAGGUGGUGGCGUCUAA